AAUAAUUUUUUUUUUUAAAAAAAAGCAAAAAACAUUAAAAUCAGAGGCGACGCUUCUAAUCGUCGACGGAGACGACGAUCUCCUCCUCCUCUUCUUCUUCUUCUUCUUCUUCUCCGUGCUCCUCCUCCCCUUCCACCACCAUCUAGGGCACGCGCGGCGGCGGCGGCGGAGGGGAUGGGGAUCGUGGAGGAGGCGCACAACGUUAGGGUGGUGGGGGAGGGGGAGAGGACGAUCGUGCUCGCGCACGGGUUCGGGACGGAUCAGUCGGUGUGGAGGCACGUGGUGCCGCACCUGGUGGGGGAGUACCGCGUGGUGCUCUUCGACACCAUGGGGGCGGGGACGACGAACCCCGACUACUUCGACUUCGACCGCUACACCACGCUCGAGGGAUACGCCCUCGACCUCCUCGCCAUCAUCGAGGAGCUCCGGAUCAGCUCCUGCAUCUACGUCGGCCACUCCGUCUCCGCCAUGAUCGGCGCCCUCGCCUCCAUCUCCCGCCCCGACCUCUUCUCCAAGCUCGUCUUCCUCUCCGGUUCCCCCAGGUAUGUGAACGAUGCGGAAUACUUUGGAGGCUUCGAGCAGGACGAACUUGAACAGCUGUUUGAUGCGAUGCGGUCGAACUACAAGGCCUGGGCCUCGGGAUGGGCCCCCCUGGCGGUGGGUGGGGACAUGGAAUCAGUGGCGGUCCAGGAGUUCAGCCGAACCCUCUUCAACAUCCGGCCCGACAUCGCCCUGAGCGUGCUUCAGACCAUCUUCGGGAGCGACGUCCGCCACCUCCUCUGCCUGAUCACCACCCCGUGCCACAUCCUCCAGAGCAGCAAAGACCUUGCCGUGCCGGUGCUGGUCUCUGAAUACUUGCACAAGAACUUAGGGGGCGACUCGAUCGUCGAGGUUAUGAGCUCUGAGGGUCACCUCCCGCAGCUUAGCUCGCCGGACAUCGUCAUCCCCGUCCUUCUUAGGCACAUUCGGUACGAUAUCGCCAUCUGAGGUGAGCAAUUCUUCUCAUGUUGUAUAAUACUAGUUAGUUCUUGCAUUUGUGGACUUUGUUAAAGCCUUCUGAUUCGAGACUAUUGCUAAGAUGCUGUAAUAAUGUUCCAAAAAAUGAUGUAAAUCUGAAUUUGGGGUAGCAUGCUGGUACUUGCUUACUGCAUAAUCUUCUUGUUGGAUUCUUCUGUUUGUGGGUUU